AUUAAAGAAGAUCCUGUCCUUGGAAAGUGUUUGGUUGCGACAAGGGAUUUAAAGGCAGGCGAUGUAAUUUUAUCAGAGCUUCCAAUUGUGUAUGGUCCACGGCCUCACAUGGUUGAAGAAGGACCCGUUCCUUGCCCAGGUUGUUGCAGAUUGAUACUUGGAGAAAAUUCACCCCGGUGUGAGGGAUGCGACUUUCCUGUCUGUGAUCCUAAUUGUCCUGGUUUGAAAGAUAUGGAAAAACAUGGACACGAGUGUAUGUUUUUAGGAUUGAGGGAUGUUAGAGCGAUUAAUGGACUCCAUGACUUUUACAGACAAGACGUUCUAUUAACACUUAGGUGCUUGCUACUCCAAAUCAGACAUCCGAAAAAGUUCGCUCAAAUAAUGAAUAUGGAAUCACAUUCGAAUAAAAGGGGAGAAGAUACACUGAUCUACAAGGACAUCGAACAUCGUGUCGUUGACUACCUUCAUAAUAAUUUCUUUGACCCAAUGAGAAUUCUUGAAGGGAAAUCUGGUAGACAAGUUCUGAAAGACGUAUCAAAAAGUACAAUCCACCAAAUUUGCGGAAUAAUUGACGUGAAUGCUUUGGAAAUAAAUCAAGAAGCCGAAGUGACAGCUCUGUAUCCAACAGCCUAUCUCAUGGAACACAACUGUUUACCAAACACAACCUACAACUUUGACAACAGUUAUAAAAUCACAAUCAAAGCAGCUCUUCCCAUUCAAUCUGGGGAACAUAUUUCAACUAUGUAUACUCACUGUUUGUGGGGAACUCAGGCGAGAAGAGAGCACUUACGAGAGACCAAGUAUUUCGAUUGCCAUUGUAAACGUUGUGUGGACCCCACUGAGCUCGAUACUUAUCUGAGUGCCUUGAAGUGUCUGGGGACCAAUGAGGAACCAUGUGGGGGAAACCAGUUGCCACUGAAUCCAACCGAUGACAAUACAGAGUGGUCUUGUGAUAAAUGUGAUGUCAAACUCACCAGCACAGAAGUUUGUUUUUUGGUUAAUGGUAUCGGUGAAGAGGUUGAUAACACCCAGUUGUCAAAUCCUACUGUUAGGGAGUUGGAAACACUUCUUAACAAAAUGCUAACAUUCCUACAUCCUAAUCACUAUCACAUUUAUGCUGUGAAACACUCUUUGAUUCAAUUGUAUGGGUACCAGCAGGGAUACACUCCAAGUCAAAUAACUGAUGAUUGCCUCAUGAGGAAGGCAACGAUGUGUAGAGAGAUUCUGAACACGAAUGCUAAAAUAGAUCCUGGACAUGCAAGGAUACCUCUCUACACCGGAGUCACUCUACAUGAACUAUUUCAGGCGAAUUGGCUCGUAAUUAAGCGAAAAUGGGAUUUAGGCAUCAAAACAAAGGUCAAGUCUAUGUUAUCGCUUUUACAAGAAAGCCAAAAUUGUCUUAUCCAAGCCCGAGAGGUUCUCAGAAAUGAAAAAGAUACUCCAGCCGGAGGAAAACUAAUUAACCUCAUUGAGACCUCUCAUAAAGAGUUUAAUAAAUUUAUCGAGAGAAACAAAAUUGAACUGAAAUCAUGCUGAAGAACACUAAUUUUUUUUUGCGGAAAUCAUCCAAUUUAUCAAAUUUGUAAUCAUAUAAAAAGGUAUAAAAAUGAAUAGGUAUUGUGAUUUUUUGAUUAAUUUGACAAAUAAAAAACUGAAAAGUUGAAUUACAAUA